ACUGUCCUUCGGAGAGCUCCUCCAGCUAACAAACGCGAGAGAGGGGACGAAACGUCAAAGAAUAACAUUUCAGGAUCUCGCAAAGGGGCUGUUCGCUCGUUCGUUCACGCGUCCGUUUUUUCCCCUCGUCUUGACUAUUUCUACGUCGAGCUCGGUCAGUGAAGGCUGGCAUUGGUGAUGGGCAAGACCAGACAGUAGACGCCCGAGAGGAUCCCCAUUAUCAUCCUAGCUGAUUGCCCAAAAGGGGAAGUGGCCUUUUAUUGAAAAAUUCCAACUUUGGUAUGAAUGAAGGCUGUGGUGGUGCGUGAUCCAAGGUCCCAAAUGUGUUUUACAAAAGUUUAUGACGCAGUCGAAUCCACUCGACCCUCAGAGCUCCUCCAGACUCGGGGAGUUGUUUAUCGUGAAGAAUUGAGAAUUGUCGUGACGACCGUGAGUUAGUUUUGUCAUUUAAAAAGAUCGUUCUUGGAAAGCCGAAAAAGAAACUAUCAACCAACCAACCAAUCAACAAACCAAUCAACCAACCAACGAGCCAACCAACCAUGGAGACUUGUCCGAGGUGCCGUCAAUUUAAGAUCAUGUGCAUGUGCUCAUCGGGAGAUGAUGAGAAAACUGAACGAGAGAGACAGAAGAAACAUCUUCAUCAACUGGAGCAACUCAAACAUCAACAAUAUGUCUUAAGUAACGCCUCCUCACGGAGUGCCACGCCCAAUGCAUCGGCCAUCAAAUCUGCAGAUUCCAGUCGAACUAAAGUGAAACCUUUACACGAGGACUCGCCCAGUGCGCAUCCGACUAAGAGUGAUCCAAGUGAUGAAAAACCUCGUUCAAGUGAAGUGAAGAGCCCAAACAAAGUGUCUUUGAAUCAGCAUCUCCAGAAACAACAGAUCAACGCUAAAUUGCUUCAGAACGGCGAAGUAGAAUUGGUCGCAGCCACUCCCAACCAACGCAAUUGGAAAGGUAUCGCCAUUGCUCUUCUGGUGAUAGGCCUUGUCAUCGCUUUGGUGGCCUUGGCGGUGGUGAUUGUUACGCCUCCCAAUCCCGGUCCAAGGAUCAAGGGCGAACGAGUCACCUUGGAUCUAAUCAUCAAGGAUCAGUUCAAGCCCAGGCACUACAACGGAACAUGGGUGUCAAAAUCAGAACUACUCUUCACCGACGAAGAUGGAGGGAUCUCUAUUAUGGACAUGGCCACCUUAAAAUCGCGGAACUUUUUAUCCAACAGCACAUUUCGGCAAUUGAAUUCGAGGAGUUUUCGAAUUUCGGCGGAUCUCAAAUUUGUGCUCGUUCCUUUCGACUCGAAGAAGAAGUACCGCCAUUCCACAUUGUCCAAGUAUGCUAUCGUCAAUGUAAACACCAGCUCCUUUCGGGUCGUGAAUCUGGGAGCAGCGGAUGAGGUUCCUGGGGAGCCUUUACAAUUGGCGGAAUGGUCGGCCAAAGGCCACGCGUUGGCCUUUGUCUUCAAGAAUGACAUCUAUUACCAACGGGACGCCGAUGAUCCCAAGACCGUCGUACGUUUGACAGAUGACGGCCAAGAGGGAACAAUCUUCAACGGGGUGACAGAUUGGCUUUAUGAAGAGGAGAUCUUCUCAUCAAAUAAGGCCAUAUGGUUCUCACCAGACGGAGGAAAACUCGUAUACGCCUCUUUCAACGACUCUAUGGUCAGAAACUUUAAUUUCAUCGAGUAUGGUGGGAUGAGCCCCACGUCACUUUACCCAACCAGUAAUUCAGUCAGAUACCCAAAGACGGGGACGGCCAAUCCUCAAGUCCAACUUCACCUCGUGGAGCUCGACUCCACGAAAACGAUUCAAGUGGCUCCACCCGAAUUGAUUCGAGGACGUGACCACUACCUUGCUUCAGUGGAAUGGAUAACUGACCAAGAGUUUGCCUGCACUUGGCUCAAUCGACGCCAGAACAUGUCCGUAAUCUCCAAAUACUCUGGACCGUCGUACACAGCAAAAGAGAUUCAUCGGGAAGUGGUGCCAAACAAUUUGGGUUGGAUUGACCCCUCCACUCUAACUCACAAGUUCUCGCAAAAUGGAAAGCGGAUGCUCUUCAUUGAAGCUGUCCAGGAACACGGGGCUGGCUAUUACCCUCAACUUCACGAGAAAGACAUAUCUCGUCAGGAACCUUUAUACGUGGAGGCCAGCUCUCUAACGCACGGUGCCUUCCAUGUCACCGAUAUUCUAGGAUGGGAUGAGCCUCGGCAUUUAGUAUAUUUCAUAGCCAAUCAACCGGGCUCUCCGGGGGUUAGACACUUGUUCCAAAUAGGCGACAACCACUUUCAUAAAGAGGCCGAUUCACCAAUCGAUAUGGAGUUGUCUCCAUCGCUUCAGUGUCUCACUUGUGCGCUCAAGAAUAACAGUCUUUAUACUCACAAUGACUCUAACCCGUUGGAACUGAACGCCAAUUUCAGCUGUGACUUUACCAAAGUGGACCUCUCGCCAGAGAAGGACUUUUACGUCCUCAACUGCCUUGGGCCUCGUGUUCCCUUCUCAGCUGUGAUCUCCUUACCAAACAACAAUCCAGUGAUCUUACUAGACAGUAAUACAGAGUUAGAAGAGGUGCUCUCGAACACAGCUUUACCUGUGUCCCAAGAUUUUGAGGUGGCUCUUCCUGGAACAAACGUUCCAGCUCAAGUGAGACUUCUUCUUCCGCCAGGGUUAAGGGAAAAUGAAGAAUUCAUCUUUCCAUUGCUCGUUAAUGUAUAUGGUGGUCCUGGAUCUCAAGAUGUGUCCUCCAGAUGGAGACUAGAAUGGGACCACUUUCUGUCAAGUCAACGCGAUUUCGUUGUGGCUCAUAUUGAUGUACGGGGAACGGGGUUUUCCGGCAACGAUUUUAAACACGCAGUGUUUCGAGAACUUGGACGUUUGGAGGUUUCAGACACUCUUCAUGUUUUAAAGUUCUUGUUGAAUACUACAUCUUACCUGGACAAAAGCAAGGUGGCAGUUUGGGGUUGGAGCUAUGGUGGCUACCUAGCAAGUCGCUUACUGGUGGAGGACACCUCCGAUCUUAUUAAAUGCACCAUGUCCGUGGCUCCUGUGACGGAUUGGCGUCUAUAUGAUUCGGCGUACACGGAACGAUUCAUGGGGAUGCCCGAGGUCGAAGAUAACUGGAAGGGCUACGAAAAUGCCGACGUGAGCAAUCAGGCAAACAGGUUCCUCGCGCGCAAGUCCAAGUUUUUCCUCAUUCACGGAACCUCGGACGAGAACGUGCACCUUCAGCAUUCCAUGCUUCUGACCAAAACCUUGGUUGAGCAAAAUGUUCAGUUUAAGCAAAUGUUCUAUCCCGAAGAGACUCAUGCCCUGAAAGGUGUGGUUCACCAUCUUUACUCGACGUUGGAGCACAAUUUGGACGAAUGCUUGGGACCGAUCCCAGAUUACUUUUCCAACAUGGAAAUUCAAUACUCGGGACUGCAACAACUCCAAGAACUUUUUACCUUCCGAGAUCUGAAAUCGUCCUAACACCGCCCUCAACCAUUGCAUCAUUCCAUUCAUGUCUGCCAAACGACCAAAGCCAUCCAAAAGGACAACAACUCAGACGCUCUCAGUGGACAUUGAGUCUUCCAUAUUUUCUUAUUUAUAGUUGUAGUGGCGUUCCCAGUUUUUGAUCGAUCUCAAUAUCAAAAGGGGUAUAAACAUCAGCUAAUAUAAAAAAACGAACAAUGACAACAAUAAUCAAUCAUCAUAAAUAUGAUAUGAUAGAAACAUAUUCUAGUCGUGUGAUACAUGCAAUAUGUACAAUAUUCCUGAAUAAUCAUCUUGUCAAAUCUAUUAUACUUAAAGUCAACGGCAUGUACGUAUAGUACAUCAAUAAAUAUGGUAUACUCA